CUGUUCAUAUAACAGAGUAAUUUCAUUUAAAUUUUGAAUUCCAUAAACGCAGAUGGGGAUUAACUGGUUCAUAGGACUUCUCUACUGUCUGGAGAGUGACACUUGUAUAUCCAAUAUUAAGUCCACUGUCUGGAGAGUGACACUUGUAUAUCCAAUAUUAAGUCCACCAGCAUUUUAAUGGUAGCCCUCUUAGGUUGUUCUUGGCACUGUUGCAACACAACUCUGGACAAAAGAGUCCAGAGUCUGCAAAAAGAAUUGGCGGUGAAAAACCUAAGUAUUCUGAGUCUCACCUUUUGGGGAGAAUGUGGAGAAUUGCUGUAGAGCAGUGGAACUGCUAAGUUUUGCACACAAGAAUACCAGUUGAAGACCUGCAUGUUCCUGACACAGGAAGAAGUCUACAUAGCAGGUGAUGUGUGACUUCUGCAAUACGAAGCAAUGACAUCUGAAUAAGGGGUUUGAAUUCUUAGGAAAUGUGUUGGGGAAGGUAUAGGUUGAAUUUGAGGUAACUUAAAUUGCUCUAAGUGGCAAAAUUGCCUUCUAGUUCUUACCUAAAAGCAGGUCCUGUACCUUCUGAACUAUAUCAGAAGGAAAUGGGGAGAAAUUUUCACUUCUGAGUGCUUGACUACAUUACUGGACAUAAACUACAAUUUUUUAGCUAUUGAUCUGGCUUUCAGAAAUGUUUGGGAUUUUUUUUUAAGUGAUGUUUUAACAUGGUUCAGUACAUGCUUGGUGGUGCAGAGAGAGGUGGGGAAGGACUGUGUUUUGGCAUCCAACGGCUGAGUGGUAGUGUCCCAUUUUUACUUCAGUAUCUUUGUUUAGAAUCACUUUACACAAGGUCAGAGGGGAGCAUGGAGUUGGGCAUGUAAAGUUCUGAGCAAAUUACAUGAAUUACUCCUAACAACCUGUUCAAUACAGUCAGUCUUUAACACAGUAAAAGACAACUAGUUAUGGAGUCAGUCUAUUUGGUGGAGAGCUAAGUUGGGAAGAAGUUGUGUAAUAGGAGCUCUUAAUAACUUGCAUUUUCCUACCUGAGAGUAAAUGGAGGACAAGUACCACAUACUGAGGGUCUUUGUAUCUUUACUUCCUUUUCCCAUUUACUGUGGUUUUGAUUGCUUCCCAUUUGACACCUCUUCUUUAGCUGUGGAGAGAGAAAAGGUUAAAACAAGUUCUGUGUUGCUUUUGCAUUGAAAAACUCAAGACUUUAACACAAGUUAUGGCAUGACUUAGUAGGGCAGGACAGAUAGCUGUGUGCUGUUAACUUUUGGUUCAGAGAAUGCAAAGAGAAGGAAAAUAUGUGCCCUGAUGCAAUUAGUGGGUAAUUUCCUGCUACUUGCUGACAAGGCUUGAAUGUUGGCACAAAAAGCAGGCUGUAUCUUUGAAGAAGUUGCCUUGCCUUAAAGCCUUUUCCUACCUCCUUUUCAAACUUCUGUCUCUGGAGGAUAAUUUAAUUCCUUCUUUAUUCCUUGACUAUUUAUUGUUUGUCUUGAAUGAUUCAGCAGAAGAGAAUUCAUCUGCUUCCCUUAGGAUUAGAUGAGGGGAUUUGUAGGUAUAGAAGAACUGCAAAUCCUGUCUCCUUUUGUGGAGAAUAAUUGUAAAAGAUCUUACACUAGGAGUGCCAGAACUUUUGAAUUUUAAAUUUUCACUGCUAAAAUGGAUAUUUCUUAGGUUGGAAAUGCCACCCGCUCCAGUCCUCCCAAAAUAAUUCGUCUUGAGUCAGACAUUACUAAGCUUCCUGCUACAACAGUCACAGAUGGCAGCCUGUGCAAAUAGAUCUUUGCUGGUGUGGAUUGGAAGAAGCAGUCUGGGGAGUAUUUGGAGGCUUACCAGAUGUUAACUAUCUUUAGUUAGAGGUUGGUGAGUCUGCUGGGACUGUGUAACCUCUGCAAGAAGAGGUGAUCCUCAGCAGGCUUCAGUAGACAGCAUUUCUUAUUUCGUGGUGAAAUGUAACUCAGAUUUGAUCUCUUCAUCAUAAUAAAAAUAUUAUUAGAGUUUCUUUUGAAGUACUGGGAGGGGGUAGGUGGGGGAGGAGAAAUCUAGUAAACUGAAUGUAAAGCUUGCAAAUGUUCCCAGGCAUUGCCAGCUGGCUAUAGAUUUUUCUUGGCUCUUGUUGCAAGCCCUUUUGAACUAUAUGAAAUGCAAAGGCCCAUGAUGGCCCCAUAAGCAAAUUCUUUGAGUGAAAGGAUAACACUGUCAAAACCCUUUAUGGUUUUUACAUCAACUAAGCUACAAGUAAAGGUGGAUAUUUGUGGCAUAAAAAUACGAGGCUAUGUGCUUUGCAAAAGACUUUAGUCCUAGUUUACCUUCAUUCACAGACUCCCUCGUGUGUUUGUGUCAGCGAUCCAGUCAGACAAUUCCCUCUGUCCCUUGACAAGCAUAUCAAGUGCAUGCCUGCAAUCUGGAAAGUCAGUUGAUGCCAUCUGGUCAAGUGCUAAUGAGGCUGCUGGAAUGCUAGCGUCAAAUGUUACCUUAACCUAAGCAGACUCCAUGUGAGAUGAUGCUAGACUUUUUCCUAUAUCUUUCGUAUACUGGCACAGUUGAACUCUGACCAUGUGAUUCCUCACUGAGUUUUAUCAGCUGCUCUGGGUGAAAAUGGGGGCAUUCUGUACUAAGACCCUGUGCGGCCGUAGUAUGUGAGUGAUAUCAAUGUGAAGAGACAGCCAUAUAUUGAACAGUAUGAAAAGACCAGUUCUUUCCUUUAGUAGCCCCAAAUGAGAAGCAAGGAAAGGUUUUACAUCUAUGAGGUGCUCUUGAGCCUUCCGCCUAAUAUUAGAGCUUUAGUUGUUUAUUUCGUGUGCAGCCUUUCACAAAUGUCUUCAAAUAUUUUUUGUCUAUAUGGAAGCCUGUGCCCUGGUGAUUUUAAUUUGAAAAGGUCUGUAGGUGUGUCACAAUUCUAGUGUGGCAGAACUUGCUUGAAGUUUUGGGUGGUAAGUGCUUAACCUAUCUUGUAUUAAUAUGGUAAUAUAUGAUAACAUCAUGUUUGAGUAGCCCUUCUUGAGUGCAGGUGGGAACAACUGGUGAGUUUUAGUGUAGCGAUACUCCCAGCAGUGUGUGAAGGAAGUCCUGUCACUCCUGCGUUGUGGACUGAAAUAAUCUAUUUCAGUUUUUUCUGAAUUUUUUAAGUGGGAGGCCUGAGUUUGAUUCUUGGUUACAUUUGGAAGUCAGAGCAAUACCCAAAGCUAGGCCUUUUCUACUUUGUGGGAUGUGCUAUCUCGGCCACUAGAAGUGUAUUAGAAUGACAGAGAUAAAGGUACUGAUUACAGAAAGUCAUGAAGCCUCACAGAAAGAAGAUUGUGGUGCCAGGCUGUAGGAGUGUGAGUUUUCCUCUCCUCCCUAGGGCUCUGACUGCAACAUUGAUCAGUGCCAUUGCUUGACUGCUUUUUAAUCAAGUGACUUUGCUCUGCCCUUUGCUCCCUGCCUUAAGAGUGCUCCUGUGAAAAACCUGCCUUCUGCUGAGAGCAGAGAGAAAAGUGACAUGAAAUCUCUUUGUACUAGUGCUCUGUUCCCUGCAGAGAGCAACAGGUAAAGGAUCUUAUUUAUGUCUUACCAUCAAGAGGAUAAAGUUUGUUGGAUUUGUUACAGUCUGUGAGUUCAGGUAUCUCCUCCUCUACCUUCCAGUUACUGUUACUCUUUCUUGUUUUCAGGAAAAUCAUUCUUAUCUUAACAAUACACACUUGCUGCUAGCUGUUGCUAACUGAUGAAUAGCUAACGUUUUUCAUUAUUGAAUAUCGAGUUAACAUGUCUGGCUCAGUUGUGUUCUGCCCCUGGAGCAGCAAAGAUAGAAUUAAAUCCAAGCACUGAAGAGAAUUUCAGUUUCAGAGAUGGGGACUAACAGAAAAAGCACUACUGCUGCAGUGAAUGCUGCUUAUAAAUUUUGUGCCAAAAAAACGUUAGUGCAACAUCACUAAUGAAGUUGAAGGCCAGAUUUUACACAGCUGCAAAUAAAAUUAAUGCUGUGUUUUGCUGUGUCUGCACUGAUCUUUCCCACUAUACAUCUCACGUAUUGCACAGGAGAGGUGGUAAGGAUAGCUGCUGGUGUCUGCCUGCCCACAGAGGUGCAGUGGUGUUGGGGCUGUGCUAAGGAAAGUGAUUUGGAUGGAUAUCUUCAGGAGGAUAGAUCUACAGACAUAUCUUAAUGUUUAAUAAUUAAAGUUUCCUAUUUGCAUGGCUAAGCAGUUACUGUUAUGUGAAGCCAGAGGGAAUGGGACACAUCAUUAAUUAUCUCGAGAGCGGAGGAGGGGUUCCACUUCGUGUGCCUGUGUGCAGGUCUGUACCAUGGAGGAGUCCUGCCUCUUCUGGGAGUAUUUUGGGAGUGCCCUGGGAGGCUUAUUAAGGGCUGGUUAGCGAGACAGCCCUUACUUUCAAGAGCCAGAACAGCAUUUGUGAUGGCCUGCAAUAUCUGAGCUCAAGCAAUUGAGCUCAGAUAUUGAUUUCUUAAGGAGUUUGGGCAUUGGAAAUUUUCAUCCCUUGGGAAUAUCUGACUGGGAACGUUGCUGAUACUAUUGGAUGCUUUGCUAAACCCAAGGGAGAAUCAGGUGUGGCUGGAACACUUACUGGUGAAGACUGAGGCAAAAAAGUUGUUGAGUGCCUUGGCCUUCUCCGUGUCCCAGGUAAGCAGGUAUCCUGUUUCCUUGCUAAGGAGGACCCACAUUUUCCUUUUAUCACUGAUGUACCUAAAGAAGGUUUUCUUGUUGCCUUUGACAUCUCUGGCCAGAUUUUAAUUUUUAAUUCUCUCAGGGCUUUAGCUUUCCUAACAUGACCCCUGGUUACUCAGACAAUCUCUCUGUAUUCUUCCCAGGCUACCUGUCCUCACUUCCACUCUGUGUAGGCUUCCUUUUUGUGUUUCAUUUUGUCCAGGAGUUUGUUGCUCAUCUGUGCAGGCUAGUAUACCAUAGCCUCUGGAGGCUGUCCCUCUUCAUCCAGCAAGGGCGACUGAAAGUCUUUUGAAUCAGCUCUUAGGUGCUACAGUGUCUCAGGCAGGCAUGUUAACAUAAUAAAGAACUUUAGCUUAAUUGCCAACAGCUACUGCAACCUGCUGAUGGCCUGAGCUGCUCCCAUUUGGUCCAUGCAUCAGAACACCAGUUUGCACAGAGUAGCCUGAUUUAGAUGAUGUAAGCAAUAUGGCUACACAGCUUCCACUUGGCUUUCAAGGUGGGCAAAAGUUAUUUAUGCCCUUCUGUAUAGGGACUAUGCCUUUUUCUCUCUUACGUGAAAGAAAACUAUGUACUCACUUAUUUUUCCCUUUCCUAGAGAAAGCACUUCUGCUGCAUUUAUAGUGUUUGCCCUUUCCUUUUGAAUUCUGUUAAUUUAUGUUUGUUUUCACUUCUCCAUCCCCAGUGUUGAUUCCUACCUUUUCUACUAACUUUUCCUGAACGGCUCUAUUUCUCCCUUGAAUUCUUUUUCUGGCCUCAAAGUUAUUUGCAUAUGUUUACAGGGAGAGUAGAUAUGUAUGUAAAUGGAAUUGUCUUUGCCAUGGUAAUAUGAUCUUCAAAGGCUUGGACUGCAGUCACUUUGCUGCAUUCUUUACAUAAAAUGUUUGUCUUGGCAAGUCGCUGCCAACAGAGUGCUGCAAGGGCCCAAUCCUGCUAAUUGCCUUCUGCUCCCACUGAACUCAUGGGGCUUAUAUGUAAAAAAAAAAUCCCCAAAGCAUUCAAAUUAGAGUUGUGUGUUCUUUACACAGUUAUGUUCAUGUUCUACCAUUUUGUCCUUUCUUUACUGAUGUGAUCUGGAAGUGAUCAUUGGUUCUUAACUUUUCAUGACCAUUUGGUGUGUGUUAAAAUACAGGAGUCUGUAGCAAUGGAGGGGGGUAGCUAGGUUCCAGUCCAACAUUGGUGGUUUAGGAGAGGUCUGCCUUUAUGAAGGUAGUCCACAGGGAGUCCUGAGUAUGAGACAUCACUACCUCUUUUUGUACCUGUUUUUUGUCUUUACCAGCAAAGCUGGUCAGUGUAUGCUUUGCUGUGGGCUGCAAAAUCAUGAGCUGUGGUGGGUAAGGAAGUUGCACACCCCAGGGCUGGGGAGAGAGGAUACGUAAUCUCGUGAGCAAAGCAGGAAAAGAGUGCAUCAGUGCCACGUGUCAUCAGCUUGUAUUGCAAGCCCCACCACAAAAUUCUCAGUGGAGUGGACCUAUGCCUUCCACCAGAGUGGAUCUGAGAGGUGAUAAGGUGAACACACACGUGAUUCUACUGCAGCGUCCUCAAGUCUCUCAGUCUAAAACCUUUUCUGUGUUCUAAUACUUUCCUGAUCUUAGGACUGUGGAAGAUGGAAAAGAACCUCCUGCUACUGCCCUUAGAUCCCAUCCUGUUCUUCCAGUAAGAGGUCAUAUAUUGGGAGUUACCCAGGCUCCCAGCCCUCUGGGUGCUUGCUUACAGCAUGACCCCUCAAACCUUAGCUGGAAAAACUGCGAAGGAGGAAGAGUGGCAUAGGGUGCAGGCAGAUAAUUCACAAACCUUUUUUGUAGCUAUCAGAGCUACUGUCUUACAAAUAUAGCAGCUAUCCAUUAGGGAGUAUUAAUUGGUAUAGUCAUAAGUGCUACUCUCUAUUUGCUCUGGAAACUGAGAGAGAAGCCAUUUAUAUCUGUUGAAGUAUAAACUUCUGUAACAGUGGGGGGUGUUCUCAAAAUCCCACUUACCACAGGCAGCUGGCCCCAGUUUUUUUCCUGCUUGAACAUAUGUGGAGAACUGUGGUUUACCCAGGGCUCAAACUAGUCUAACUGUUUAAGGUAAAAAUCAGAAUUGUUUAUUUAGAAGCUAUUUUUGAUAUCACCAAAGUGAUAUUAAAAGGUGUUUCGAAAAGAAAUAAUUUGUGAAGAUGCUUGCCAUGUGGAUAAUUUAGCACUUAGGUUGUUGUGGAGUGUUGAGAUGUGGCUCUGAAAUAGUUGCAUGUUUUACUCAAGUCAAGAAUGCUGCAGGCAAUUGCAAGAACAGGGAGAAUUUCAGUAAGGGGAGAGUGUGUUAAUUAUCCAUGCAAGAUGUUCACACUUGCUGCUGUGUUUCAUAUGUUUUCAUAUCUGCUGAAGCAAAGCAAGAAAAGUGUUGUGCUGGGGCAGUGUGCAGGCAUGGCUUAGAUCUGAAUAGAUGUAAAUGGUUAAAAAGGGGUUCUCUGCUAGAGAGGAGGAGGGGAAAGUAAGAGUGCAUUCCCAAAAAAGUACAUUCCCAAAAUAAAAAGCUUACAUCAUGGACCUCUUCAGUUUUCCCACACUUCUUUCCUAAUUAUUGUCCUGCAGGACAGCUGAUCUAUUUCAAACAGGAAGCUGUUUACAGAUAACACUUGCAACUGUUUUGUCUGAUUUGUUGAACUGUCGAAAAGCAAAAGACAACCUCUUUUCAAAUUAAAAACUGUCAGACUUCUGUAAACAGCAGCAAUGAGGUUCAUCUGUGCAGUGUCCCUGCAGGCACAGAGCGUUCUGCAGUUCCCAUUUUCUCAGCAGCCAUAAGAAAUAAAACUGUGUGUGGGGAUAGCAUCAGGUACUCAUGUAAAUGCUUUAUGGGAACAGGGAUGAACUGAGAUGGUUUAGACACAGGUUUUAGAAGAACUGACACCUACAUUUGAACCCUGAUGCAGACUCUAUAAAGUAUUUAAUCUGCAACCUCUUCAGAGAUUUCUUCUGUUAGUGGCUCUUCUCAGACCAAGGUAAUUUCCCUGAGCAUUUGUACAGAUCUGGGUGUUGUGACCUGACUGACACUAAAGAAGCUCAUUUUUCUAGAACAAGUCUGUUUUCUCUGUGAGCUGACCUAACACAAAAUAGGGUGAGGCGUAUCUCCUCUGUCACUGAGGCUUGUAAGCCCAGCAGCAGGUAGUGGGGAAUAUGCUGAAGCUUCAUUGGAGGUUUUGUUUUCCCCAGAAAAUCCUUCAUAUCUGGCUGCUGAGCAGAGCUAACAAGCAGCCUUGACAGUUCUCUACUUCUCAAUGUCUGUCUCAUCUCUGAGCUGUGUAGGAGUUUGCAAAGGCAGAUUAAUAUUUAACAUACCUGGAGUCUUUGAUCUUUCAAUUGGAGUCUGAAUACAUCUAAAUCCUGAUAAAAUGCAGACAGAGGAGAUGCUGCUGCCUUUUAUUCACUGAUGCAGAGACUGGAGCACCCUCCUAAUUUCAAUUCCUUCUUCCAUCUCAGGCUGUUUAAUUCUGCUCUCCAGCCUGUCUGUCAAGAAACCUUAUCACCAGUCUGCUGGGUGCUCAUGCUGAAACUGCCUAGUUUCCAGGCUUUCAGCUGUGUAUCUGAACCACUUGGCUUGAAAGCCUCUCUGUGUGAUCUUCUGAAUCCUGAAGUGCCCCUGCUACAAGAAAAAGGAGUCAGUGACCUGUAAGUGCUCAUUAUGAAGAGAGAUCUGGUUUUCUUGGUGACUCUAAUUAGCCUUGCCUUCCUGUCACUACUAAGGUCUGGAUAUCCUCAACACAUUGCAGAGGAGUCCUGCUCUGUUCAGAUUCUUGUUCCAGGCCUCAAAGGGGAGGCUGGAGAAAAGGGGGAGAAAGGUGCUCCAGGUCGUCCAGGCAGAGUUGGACCUCCAGGAGAAAAAGGAGAAAUGGGGGACAAAGGACAGAAAGGCAGCAUAGGACGGCAUGGAAAAAUUGGUCCUAUUGGUUCAAAAGGUGAAAAAGGAGAUAAUGGUGACAUAGGACCACCAGGUCCUAAUGGUGACCCAGGCAUCCCCUGUGAGUGCAGCCAGCUAAGGAAGGCUAUUGGUGAAAUGGAUAUCCAAGUAGCCCAGCUGACAACGGAACUAAAAUUCAUAAAAAAUGCACUGCCCUCCCCCGCAGCUGUUGCUGGUGUGCGUGAGACAGAUAAUAAGAUAUAUCUGCUGGUGAAGGAAGAGAAGAGAUACAAGGAAGCCCAGCUCUACUGCCAUGGAAGAGGAGGGACACUGAGCAUGCCCAAGGAUGAGACUGCCAACAGUCUGAUUGCCUCGUACAUCAACCAAGCUGGGCUCACCAGAGUCUUCAUUGGGAUUAACGACCUAGAGAAAGAGGGAAAUUUUGUCUAUUCCGACCGGUCACCCAUGCAGACCUUCAACAAGUGGCGCAGCGGGGAGCCCAACAAUGCUUACGAUGAGGAGGACUGUGUGGAGAUGGUGGCCUCUGGAGGGUGGAAUGAUGUUGCAUGUCACAUUACCAUGUAUUUUGUGUGUGAAUUUGACAAAGAAAAUGUCUAAGCUUCUCUGCUCUUUCUUUAUUUUAAGAAAAGUUUUUAAGCCAAUUUUACAGGUUACUCCAUGUUUAUGAGUUCAAGUGGCAUUUUGCAAGUAUGUGGCACCAAUGUUGUACAGCUGUAAAUACAAUGUAGGUAUUUCAAAUAUCAGUAUUUACCCUUCAGAAGGGAAGAGCAGUAAUAAGACAUAGCUUGUUUUUUUUAUUUUUCUGUAGAAAAAAAAAUAUAUUUAGAUAAAAAUGUGGUUUGGGGCUAAAUUUUGCCCUUACAACAGUUAACAAAUGUGAUUACAUGACUGUAAAGGGAAGGCAGAAUUUGGCCUCUAGUUGUUAGAAUGAUUAGAAUUAGGUUCCUGAUAUUCUUUUAUCUUAGCAAAAUUUGUAGUUAUGAAUGUUA